CAAGGAGACGCUGGGGAAACCGUAUCUGAUGGGGAAACGCGAAUCGACGUAACACCGGAAAUGGAUACGAAAUUUUACGACAGAGUCACUCCUCUGUCAAACUCCGACUAUCUCAGGCUUAUCACGAGUAGUAGCAUUUGUUUGCUGCCUACCGUCAGAAAGGGACGUCCCUCUGGUUAAUGUGUAACGACAGAAGUCACUUAAAACACCCGUGUUCUCCUUCAGCUGGCAGCAUCCCCUCAGGAGGAAGACGGAGGGCAGUGACGGAGAACAAACAGUGGGACAGUUGAGUAAGAUAGGAGACACGGCAGUGACUUCCUCUGUCCUGAGCGCCAACCCGCCCUUCUAUGGAGCCGGAAAAUGAGUCGGUUCCUGAGGAUGCAGGCAACCAGCUGAUGCUCAGGGUAGAGCGUCCGGUCUACGAUGAGCGUUUUCUUAGGGCUAAGCUGCUCCAUCGUAAAGAGGACAACACCACCUUCUGUCAAAGGCUCGCUGACAGAUUCAGGUGUUCGUCUAUGAGGGUCAAAGCUGCUGCUUUGAGUUUUCUGCCCAUUCUGACAUGGCUACCAUCCUAUCCAGUGAAGCAGUACCUUUUUUCAGAUGUGAUCUCAGGUCUCAGUACAGGAGUUGUGCAGCUCCCUCAAGGUCUGGCCUAUGCUCUCCUUGCUGCAGUGCCUCCAGUUUAUGGUCUGUACUCCUCGUUCUACCCAGUUCUUCUGUAUACGCUCUUUGGCACGUCCAGACAUGUGUCCAUUGGUACCUUUGCAGUUAUAAGUCUGAUGAUCGGGGGCGUUGCAGUGAGGGAAGCUCCAGAGAUGUUGUUUGUCCUCCCCAUCAACGGCUCCAACUCGUCUUUGGUCUUGAAUGAGGAGGCUCUCAAUGCCAGGAGAGUCCAGGUGGCCGUGGUGCUCACCACCAUGGUGGGAAUCAUCCAGUUUGUAUUUGGUCUUCUCAGGUUUGGCUUUGUGCAAAUCUACCUCACAGAACCUCUGGUGCGAGGCUUUACCACAGCAGCUGCCUUACAUGUUGUCAUCUCUCAGCUCAAGUACUUACUGGGAGUGAAAACACAGCGAUUCUCUGGGCCCCUCUCUGCAAUUUAUAGUGUUAAAGCAGUAUUCAGUAAAGUUGCCCUCACAAAUGUUCCCAAUCUCCUCUUGGGGCUAGUGAGCUCCGUGUUUCUGUACGGGAUCAAAGUCCUCAAUGAGCGCUUCAAGAAGAAGCUGCCUGUUCCCAUUCCUGGAGAGAUUAUUGUGGUUAUUGUGUCAACAGGGGUCUCUUAUGGUUUAUUGCUAUCAGAAAAGUACAACGUGGACAUUGUUGGGGAGAUACCAAGAGGGCUUCGCGCUCCUACUGUCCCAGAUUUCUCUCUGGUACCAAAUUUGAUCCCAGAUGCGUUUGCUGUAGCCAUUGUUGGAUUCUCAAUGACCAUCUCUCUAGCAAAGACCUUUGCAUUGAAGCAUGGUUACAGUGUGGACGGCAACCAGGAGCUGAUCGCCCUCGGUCUCUGCAACUUCGUGAGCUCCUUCUUCCACAGCUUUGCCAUCACCUCUUCCAUGUCAAGGAGUUUGGUGCAGGAAAGCACAGGAGGAAAGACGCAGAUCGCAGGCCUGCUGUCAUCUCUCAUAGUGCUGCUGGUUGUGUUGGCCAUUGGUUUUGUUUUCCAGCCACUCCCUCAGACCGCACUGGCAGCCAUCAUCACAGUCAACUUAGUGGGGAUGUUCAAGCAGUUCAGAGAUAUUCCCUCUCUGUGGAGAACCAGCAAGAUCGAACUGGCCAUUUGGCUGGUGUCCUUCAAAGCAUCCGUGCUGUUGGGUUUGGAUUACGGCCUCCUGGCAUCCAUCGCCUUCGCCGUAAUAACUGUCAUCUACAGGACACAGAGACCCAAAAGCUCCAUCUUGGGUCAUAUCACAAACUCAGGACUGUAUUAUGGUGUGGAUGAAUAUGAAGAGGCAUCUGAAUACGAGGGGAUUAAGAUUUUCCACUCCAACUCCUCAAUCUACUUUGCUAACAGUGACUUUUAUGUGAAAGAACUCAAGGAAAAGACAGGAGUAAACUCUGAGGAGUUGCAGGCAGCGAGGAAAGCCAAAAGAAAACAGAAGGAAAAGGAAAACAAGCAGCAAAACUCCCCACUUCAGAUCUGUGCAAAGUACAAGGAUGAGACGGAGAAUGUGACCCAUGAAGUCGUGCCUUCGAGCAAUGAGGAGCAGGGGCUGAGAAACGGUGAGUUGGAGGACAAGAGCAGCGAGUCCACCACUGAGCAUGCCGUCUUCCUUGAACCUCUCAGCUCCGUCCAUUCCAUUAUCCUAGACUGGACGACUGCCAGCUUUAUUGAUUCUGUGGGAGCUAAAGCCAUUAAACAGGUCAUGAAGGAAUAUGCAUUAGUUGAUGUUCGCGUGGUCAUUGCUGGGUGCAACAGAAGUGUACUGGCUGAGCUUGAUGCCCUGCAGUUUUUCACAGAGGAAAUCUCUACAGACAUGGUGUUCCCCACUGUUCAUGAUGCAGUCCUGCACUGUCAGCACUUCAGCUCCAGACCACCCGCAGCCUCAGAUGAAGUCUAAUCAGAUUCCUGAACCUUGAAGGGUCCAACAGGCUGAGCAGUGAAAUCAUCAGCCUAACAAUGGUUCAUAUUGAACAGGAGUUUAUAGCACAGGUAGAUGCUUUUCAUAUUCUCAGUAGCUUUGAACAUCAGAUAUGUGGACAAUUCAUGAACCUUUAUCCCUCUGCAUCCUCUUAGUGGACCACAAAGUAAGAGUACUAAAAGUUGAACUUUACCACUUUGUGUCAUUCAGGGCUACUUCAGACUUUCUGAAAGUUUCUCAUAUGGACACAACUCACAUCAGCAAGAGGUGUGGUUGUGAAAGUGUGCCAAAUGUCAAAUGUGAUCAUUGUACUUUAUGAUGAAACAGUUUAAUGUUGUGAAUUUAAGUUUGAGAUGAUCAAUGUUAGUCACUUGUGUUAUGUCUGUUACUGCAUUGCAACAUUUAUCUGCUUGAAUAUUUCGAUGUAAUAACAAAAAUAAAUGACACCUAAAUCUGGAAUAAACUUUAUUUAUACUUGAAAACAAAAAGACAA